AUGCCACGAUCAGCUCUUAUAACCGGCUCUACAGGCUAUAUUGGUAUUCAAGUAUUUUCUAAUUUGCUACGUCAGAAGACUAUUGAUCGAAUAAUCUGUGUAAGCAGACAUAACGAUCAGGAAGCGUUUUGGUCAUCUAUUCAAUCUCAAGCAAAGAAAUUCCAAGUUUCUCUAAAUAUUUCCGAAGCUAAAGAAAAAGUUGAAGUCGUCCGUAUUGAUCUUGACAAGAAUCACGGUCUAAUAUUACCGGCUCUUGAGAAAUAUAAACAAUCGGUUAGUACAGUACAUCAUUUGGCAUGUGAUUCAACGUACGGACAUCCAUUUGAACAUUUUGAGCCGUGGAUAAAUUGUACAAAAGCAUUAAUACAAUAUUGUAUGGAUCCCAAGUAUCCUAAGCAAAUGUAUGCUACUGGAAGUUAUGGACAUCAUCUUAUUGACAAUCCACACGUUGAUCUUAAAGAAGAUUUUUAUUUUAUUAAUGGUUAUUUUCAAUACAAGAGGUGGUUAAAUAAUUAUAUGCAAGAAAAAAUGGAUGAAGGUUUGAAUGGAAUACUUUUUGAACCUGCCUAUAUAAUUGGUCCAAUUGAUCCAGGUCAAGAUUAUAUUCUCUGGCGUAUCGCUCGUAUGUUUGUAGCACUGGGAUAUGCCUUCAAGUAUCCAAUGGGUGUCACACCCGUUGAAAUGAUGAUAGAUAAUUAUAUGUUAACAGUCAACCAUCCUGAUACAGGUCUAAAAGUUAUGUCUCCCGGUAUACCGAAACCUAUUUAUGUACAUGAAGCAAUACAAAAACUAGUGCCAGAUUUGAAGAUAAUUGAUUAUCAAGAAUUCAGAAAUAUCAUAAAACAAGUUAUGCCCAAACGAUUAAAAUAUUUUGGACCAAAUGUUCCACUUGUUGUUGAGACAACAAAAGGAACUGCAAUAUUUCAUCCUCUGUAUGAUAAUACAAGAUUCGAAAAAGGAGAUCUAACUGAUUAUCUUCUUAAUUGUGCAGGCUUAAAAGAAGCUGUCAAGUUGGGACUGGAGGAUAGACAAAAGCUAUUCAAGAUGAGAUCGCAAGCGGCCAAUUAA